UUUCCGCAUACCUUAUAAAACCACCUUCUCAAUGUUCAUAUCGUUCACUAAGCAAGCACAGGAUGGUAGGAACAACAACACAUGAAGAGUCACGGAUUCUUAAUCCUUCACAAAACCACGGCUACACCACAACAAUGCUCGAGGCGGUGGAGGAGGUGAAGAGAAUAUCCGACAUUAGUUUUCCAAUCACCGCAAUGAGCCUACUGAACUACUUCAAGAACAUGGCCUCGGUCGUGUCAAUGGGUCGACUCGGGAGCCUCGAACUCGCCGGCGGCGCAUUGGCCGUCGGAUUCACCAACAUCACCGGCUACUCCGUCCUCUCCGGCCUUGCCUCCGGCAUGGAGCCCAUCUGUGGCCAAGCCAUCGGCUCGAAGAACCUCUCCUUGGCCUCGUUAACUCUCAAACGCACCAUCUUUCUCCUUCUCCUCGCUUCUCUCCCAAUCUCUCUCCUCUGGCUCAAUCUCCAGCCUCUCAUGCUCGUCCUCCGACAGAAUCCUCGUAUCACCAACAUCGCUUCUCUCUACUGUCGCUUUGCUCUGCCGGAUCUUGUCGCCAACAGUGCUCUUCACCCUAUACGUAUAUACUUACGUAGCAAAGGCACCACUUGGCCAUUGAUGUGGUGCACGUUGGUAUCCGUCGUGUUUCACGUGCCAAUUACUUGGCUUUUCACGUUUUAUCUCUCCCUCGGCGUCGCUGGUGUAGCUGUUUCGUCCUUCGUCACCAACUUUGUCUCUUUGUUCUUUCUUUUGUGUUACAUGUACACAUGUGCGAACGAAAUGGACAGUGACUAUGAUGACAAGCCGACAAGGACUGCUACCACAACUAGUUCUUGUCUCAAGACACCGUUGAUGUUGAUGUCGUUGUCGGGUUCCACGACAAGAGAUCGCGAAAUCUGGUCGAGUUUGGUGGGUUUGGCCGUACCCAGUUGCGUAGCGGUGUGUCUGGAGUGGUGGUGGUAUGAGUUCAUGACUAUCCUCGCCGGAUACUUGCCGGAGCCGGAGACGGCGCUCGCGGCGGCGGCCAUUGUCAUCCAGACGACGUCGCUUAUGUAUACUGUCCCAACCGCUCUUUCAGCCGCGGCCUCUACACGUGUGAGCAACGAGCGUGAGGGUGCGGUCUCCGUGGUGGGACGUGUGGGGACCACCGCCGGGAGAGAGGCUUGGGGGAGGGUGUUCACAUCGGACAGAGCGGUGGUAGAGCUUGCGGCGGCGGUUUUGCCGGUGGUCGGAGUAUGUGAGAUGGCGAAUUGCCCGCAGACGACUAGCUGUGGGAUCCUACGUGGCAGUGCGAGGCCACGUGUCGGCGCGAAGAUCAACUUCUACGCAUUCUACGUGGUGGGGGCCCCACUUGCUGUGGGAUUGGGGUUUGGUUGGCGAUUAGGGUUUAUCGGGCUGUGUUAUGGGUUGCUCGGGGCACAGAUCGUGUGUGCAAUGUCCAUUUUGACCGUCGUUUACUACACGGAUUGGGAGAGAGAGUCGUUGAAGGCUCGAGACUUUGUGGGCAGAAGUGGAAUUUCACUCGACGACGAUUCCGGUCUAGUCAAAUGCGAAGAAGGUAGAGGCUAAUUUCGUUUUUUUUUUCUUCUAUAACAAUUCUUACUUGGCCUCUCUUAUUGUAUCCAUUUACUAAUUAAUUUCUAAUAUAAAGAAAUCUCUAUGUUUAAAUGGUAAUUAUCAUA